AACUUUGAUCAUGGAGAACUUCAAUAACUUUUCUGAGGAUGACAACAAAAUAUUCUCACUGUCAGAUAAGAUGACUUUUGCAUCUUCUGGAAUCACAUCAUUUCAAAUUAGUGAACCACAAAAUAAAAAAAAGACUUGCAGAUGCUGUGUUUGGUCUGUAUUCAUAAUAUAUUUGGUUAUGCUCACAGGAGGCAUGGGAUUUUUGGCAUAUGAAGUUUAUACAAUGCACAAAUUUAUAAAUAACAUGAAAGAAGCCAGAGAAGCAAUGAUAAUGAAUCAUCUUGUCAAUAAUGUCACCAUGGAGAAUGAGAUCUUUUUUGGAAUCAAUGCUCAGAGUGGUCAAGAAAACUGGAUCCACAAUUUAAAACAUGAAAUUCAUGUAAUGAAAUUGAGCAACCAACAUCUACAGUGGGAAAUGGCAAACAUUACAGACCAAAUUAAAAGCAACAUGACUCAAGGAGGACCUCCUGGUCCCAAAGGAGAAAGAGGAGUUCCAGGAAUAAAAGGUGACCAAGGAGCUAAAGGUGAAAAAGGAGACAUUGGUUUAACAGGAGUCAAAGGAAAUCCAGGAACAAAUGGGAUAGGACUUUCUGGACCCAAAGGAGAACCUGGAAUUCCAGGAAUACAAGGAUCUCCUGGUUCCCCAGGAGAAAAAGGCGAUACAGGAGCCAUGGGACCAAAUGGAACAAAAGGAGAGCAAGGUUUACGAGGUUUUUCUGGACUAGAUGGUGAAAAGGGAUCAAAAGGGGAUCUUGGGCCUGCUGGACUAAAAGGAGAACCAGGAAUGAAAGGAGAAAUGGGGGAGAUGGGACCUCGUGGCUUACCAGGAUCCAAAGGGGAACCUGGUGAAAGAGGAAUCACAGGCCCAAGAGGAUUAACUGGUCCUCCAGGAGAGAAGGGUGAGAAGGGAAAUCAAGGCCAGGAAGGUCAGCCGGGUCACAGCGGUCUUCCUGGACCACAAGGAAAUAAAGGAGCUGCUGGAAAUGUGGGUCCACCAGGAGCUCCUGGCCCAAAGGGUGAAAAAGGGGAGGCAGGAGCAGUAAGUCAAGUUCCAGGUCCACGAGGACAAAAGGGUGAUCAAGGUCAAAAAGGUAGUAAGGGAGAUACAGGAUCACGAGGAGCACAAGGUUCUAAAGGUGAAAGGGGCAUCUCAGGAUUCGGGGCUUUCCUGAGACUCGUAGGACAAGACAACCGUGGCCGUGUGGAGAUUCUACAUAAAGGACAGUGGGGCACCAUCUGUGAUGAUCAUUGGAAUGUGAAUUCUGGCAAUGUGAUUUGCCGAAUGCUCGGGUUCAGUAGGGCUGUUAAUGUCUUCACUGCACCUGAAGGAUCUGGACAAAUCUGGCUGGAUGAUGUACAAUGUUCAGGAAAUGAAAUCUCCAUUUAUUUGUGCAAUAAACGUGAAUGGGGUGAAAACAACUGCAGCCACAGUGAAGAUGCUGGGGUUGAGUGUGCUUAAGACAGUUUUGCAGCACAUCCUAUAAAAUAAUAUGGAACUAAGUGCCUCAGCCCUGUCGUGUGGUGUGUAUCUUACUGAUCAGUUACUUAAUGCUCACUGUCAUCUAUUGCAUCAAUGUAUUUUUAGGUUCUUCUUUGAUCAAGGCCAAUUUUAAAGAUGUAUUUGAUGUAUCUAGGCUCAUAGGUACACCGAGGAAUGUUUUUAUGUAAAAAUCCCAUAAAUUGCAUCUUUAUUCACCUGGAUGAAGGAACUAUUGAUACAAUUGGACUUCCUAAUAAGAAGCACAUAUGGAAGAUGCAUACCACAAUGCAAUGAAUAUCUGUCAAGUUAGAGUUCAUCUUCAAUAAAGUACAAUGGCUUUGCUAGGUUCUUCUGUAAAU